UUUUCCAUUUUUUAAGUGGAGCAGCUUAUCAUAAGACCAUGUUCCCUAAGUUCGUGCUAGUUUUAUUUAUUAUUUUUUACAAAAGUGACUGCCUCAUCUUGGAAGGACUCCAGGUGCCCGAAGAAGGAUUGCUGGGAGGAUUGGUCAUCCUGGAGUGCAGAUUCCGUCUCGGCCAUAAACCACUGUAUUCAGUCAAGUGGUACAAAGAGAACGAGGAGAUUUUCCGUUUCAUGCCGGACACUAGGCCCAACACAAAAUCGUUUCACAUCCCCGGCCUUCGUGUAGACGAGUUCAAAUCGGACAUGCACAAGUUAGUACUCGUCAAUUUGACCGGUAACGCGACCGGUUCGUACAAAUGCGAGGUGUCGACAGAGGGGCCUUCGUUCGAGACCGUUUACGAAGUGGCCAACUUGACAGUUCUAGCCUUUCCAGACAGAGAUCCAGUAGUAACUACUGAUAAGUAUAUUUAUGGACUGGGCGAAUACAUAUUCGCAAACUGCACAUCCGGCAGUUCGUUUCCAGCCACCUCACUCAAAUGGUUUCUGAAUGGCAUUAAGAUGGAUAAAAGCUGCGUCAGCGAAGAAGGCGUUAUCGACAUCGGGAACGGCCGUUACAGAUCCUUUUCCAGGAUCAAGUUCAGAAGCAGGGGCGAUCCAGGACGGCUGACGUUGUCUUGUGUUGGGAAGAUCACCAAGACAACAAAACCGACGAAAACCCGACUCGUCCUUACAGUGGAGAGGCCAGCGAAGUACAACCUACUGACGGACGGUAGCGGUCUCUCAGAAAGCAGCAACCCAAGAGAGUUGAGCUUCUGCUUUCGUCUCCUUUACUUGUUGAUGACCAUUAAAGAAAUCUGUGCGGGGGUCAUUCUUCUAGAAACUUCCGAUGGGAAAAGAUAGGAAAUGACCAUUGUAAACCAUUUCCUCGCCAGAAAUCAUAACAGAGAAAUAUAAUUAUUCAUUAUGAUAAAUAAUAACAUCCAUAAUUAUGAAUUACAUUAUUCAUACU